AUGGAUCUCUCAAACCCCACCAUCCAGCUCACUCCGAUUGAAAGCACCCUACGAACCCUCCUCCUCGAUGUCGCAACAUAUAUUCAUGAAAAUGGCAUUACCGAGAAUGGCAGUGAUACAAAAAAGUACCCAGACACUGUUCUACGCUUCACAGGGGGCUGGGUCCGCGACAAGCUGCUCGGCGUGGAUAGCCAUGACAUUGAUGUGGGAAUCAGCAGCAUGACGGGCUACCAGUUCGGAAUGGCUUUGAAGGACUACUUGGAUGUCCCGGAGAACCUAGAGAUGUACAAGAAGUCUCUCCCGAGUGGAGAAAUGAGCGACGCGAUUGUGAGCCUGCACAAGAUCGACGCCAACCCAGAAAAGUCGAAGCACCUGGAGACCGUGACAACAAAGAUUUUCGGAUUGGAUAUCGAUCUGGUCAACUUGCGCAAAGAAACAUACUCGGAAGAUAGCCGAAAUCCACAAAUGGAGUUCGGAACAGCGGUCGAGGACGCCUUGCGCCGAGAUGCCACCAUCAACGCUCUUUUCUACAACCUGAAUGAAUCGAAACUGGAGGAUCUUACCGAGCGCGGGCUGGACGAUAUGAAGAAACACAUUAUUCGAACACCGCUGGAGCCAUACCAGACCUUCAAGGAUGAUCCUUUGCGCGUGCUGCGAUUGAUACGGUUUGCGAGCAGGCUAGGGUAUCAAAUCGACCAAGAGACGGAAAAGGCAAUGCAGAAUGAGGAUAUCAGCGUUGCGCUGAAGCUCAAGAUUAGUAAGGAGCGCGUCAUGGCGGAGUUGGAGAAAAUGCUACACGGUCCCGAUCCUCACGGAGCUUUACAGUUCAUCGAUCGACUCGGACUCUACCCUACGAUAUUCGCCAACCAUCAAGACGAGAUCAUGGCAGAUACAUCAACUUGGCCGCGGGCCUAUAAUGCGCUGGCGCGAAUGUUGCGCCCUCUAUCCGCCGAGGCUGCGAUCGAGCGUAUUCGCCAGGUUCUUCUGCGUGACGACUCUUCCCACUACUACGGCUGGAUGAUCGCCGCAUUUGCCCCAUGGACCUCCGUUCCGGCUCGGAGUUCAGGGAGCGAAAAAAGGCCCCCGCCCACACGCCCCGUCGAGGUUGGCAGAGACAGUCUCCGUGCCGAUAACAAACUCCUAUUCAUACUCCGUGACGCGACCUUGAAUUUCGCGGACAUCAUUGAAUGCAAAAAUUCUUUGCUUGGGAACAGCAUCCAAGCCACAUCUGCCGAAGUCCGACAAAAAAUGGGGCUCCGGAUUCGAUCUUGGGGCAAGGAUUGGAGGCUCUGUGUCGUCUUGGCCAUACUCCAAGAGGUCAUGAAGGGCCGCGGGCUCAGCGAGGUGGCCCAGGAGUACGACCGAUUCCUGGCGUAUAUCGUAGAAAAAGACCUAGAUAGUGUAUGCGAGCUCAAGCCCAUUGUAAACGGCGCAGAAAUCAUGCAGCACCUGGGGGCGAAAAAGGGACCGUGGAUGAGUAAAGCAACCGCCAUCGUGGUUGAGUGGCAGCUGUUACAUCCAGAAAUCACCGACAAGACAGCUGUGCUCGAGGAGAUCUCGGAGCGCCGCACAGAGUUGGGGUUGUGA